CUCUCUCUCUCUCUCUCUAAAUCAUCAAAGCUAGGUUUCAUCAUCUUCAUCAAGUUCAAUUGGAUAUGGAUUUUGAACCCAAUACCGACCUAACUCUAGACAUAACUUUUGAACUUUAUCGUCCUCAUUCUAAUUCGCCUUCAUCUUCUUCAUCUUCAUCAUCCACUCAGCCGGCGAAUCCAACCAUGGAGGGUAGGAUCUUCUCUUGCAGUUAUUGUCAGAGAAAGUUCUACAGUUCUCAAGCUCUUGGUGGCCACCAAAAUGCCCACAAGCUGGAAAGAACCCUGGCGAAGAAAAACAGGGAAAUCAGUAGGCCCCACACCAGCUCCGUCGACUUGCCGCCGACAACUGUUAGGUUUUCAGGUGGCCGGAGUUACACCGGCAACAACUUCAUGACGGGGAUGCAGGAAGGUCGUGUUCAAGAAGGAAUAGGGAACCACCUUGAUUUAUCCUUGAGGCUUUAAUUAAUU